GAAUCUUUUUGAUGCAUGCACUGGAGGUUGGCAGGGGAUCAGCGUGCACUGGGUUCUAUUCUCCCUGCUUCCCUCUUUGUCUUCACUAGGAGGUGGAGAUUAUCCCAUCCCACCCAGCCACUAGCCUGUGACAGGAUGGCUCAGACGAAGCAGUGAUCUCAACACUAGUAAUUCAGUGCUUGGAGGUAGUGUGGAGGAAAACUUGCUUUGGAAGUUGGAUGUCACAAGUUCCCAUGCUACAGAUCUCUGCUUCACGUAUUCCUCUGGAGACUUGGAAGACAUAGGAGUCCCCCAAAUCAUCUGAUUACAAUACAUGAUAAACCAUAGACAACUGAGAUAAUCCAAUCACGUAUCACUGGCCGCCAAGAUGGGUGCAGCCGUUCUGAGGUUCUUCUUGCUCUUUGUGGUGACUGGGUUUGUUAUCUGUAACACUGCUGGGGAAUUCUAUGAAAAUCACACUAAUUCAAGUACAGAAUUCACUAUGACGAAUAAGACUUAUCCGCCACCUCCAAGAAGGUCAAAUAGAUCAGAUAUGUGCCCUAAAAGGACCAAAAUCAGUCAAGCCUUCAAAUACAUUAACACAGUGUUAUCUUGUGCUAUUUUCAUUGUUGGAAUGGUUGGGAAUGCAACCCUGCUAAGGAUAAUAUACAAGAACAAGUGCAUGAGGAAUGGACCAAAUGCACUGAUAGCCAGCCUGGCUCUUGGGGAUCUUAUCUAUAUUGUCAUUGACAUUCCUAUAGCCGUGUUUAAGCUUCUAGCCCAGCGGUGGCCCUUCGAUCAGUCUCCUGUUGGAGAAUUACUUUGCAAACUUGUGCCGUUCAUACAAAAAGCCUCAGUUGGAAUCACCGUCCUCAAUUUGUGUGCCCUGAGCGUGGACAGGUACAGAGCAGUGGCAUCUUGGAGCCGUGUCCAAGGUAAUGGAAUUCCUCUUAUCACAGCCAUCGAGAUAAUCUCCAUUUGGGUGCUUUCCUUUGUCCUGGCAGUGCCGGAAGCAAUUGGGUUUGUCAUGAUACCAUUCGAGUACCGUGGUGAACAUAUCCGAACUUGUAUGUUCAACGCGACAUCUAGUUUUAUGGAGUUCUACAAAGAUGCUAAGGAUUGGUGGCUAUUUGGCUUUUAUUUCUGUGUACCUCUGGCAUGUACAGGGGUGUUCUACACCCUAAUGACUUGUGAAAUGUUACAUCAGAGAAAAGGAAGCCUCAGGAUAGCUCUCAGUGAACACCUGAAACAGCGGCGUGAAGUAGCAAAGACUGUUUUCUGCCUGGUAGUGAUAUUUGCCCUCUGCUGGUUCCCUUUACAUUUGAGUCGGAUAAUUAAGAAAACUGUAUACAAUGAGAUGGAUUCUGGGCGAUGUGAGCUGCUUAGUUUUCUGUUGGUAAUGGAUUUCAUCAGUAUUAACCUUGCAGCAUUAAACUCGUGCAUAAAUCCAAUAGCUCUCUAUUUUGUGAGCAAGAAGUUCAAAAACUGUUUCCAGUCCUGCCUGUGCUGUUGCUGUCAGUCUAAGCCACACAUAAUCACAGCUCCAAUGAAUGUGACCAGUAUCCAGUGGAAGAACCAUGAUCAACAUUACUACAUUGCCGACAGGAGCAUCCACAAGGACAGCCUCAACUAGCAAACCGUUGAAUAAUACCAAUAUUAUGAACCACAACGUAUACAAUCAAUAGUGACUAUUUCCUACAGAUAACCCAUAAAGAGUCUCUUCGAACAAGGAAAACAAAUCUCUUAAUGGUGGUUGAUCCUCCAUUCUAAUUCAAAGGAUGUCUUGCGGGAUUAAUUGACCAUCCGGACUGACAGACCUGUUUUGUUAUUGGCUGUAAUACAGUCUUUAAUUUUAACACCCAGCAUUCUAUAGAACUGGACCAAUUGUGUUCUGCGAACAUUCCAGAGAAUGAAGACAUGUUGAACCCGUGAGAAUGGCACGUGGUCACUUUUAUUCAUUUCUGUGUUUCACGUAAUGGACUAAAACACAAGUGCAGGUCAAUUAACUGCAUCAAGAUUAUUGAUUUUAUUCUACAAUCCUUGAUAUCAGUAAAAAAAAACUAUUUUGGGUAAACCAAAGAGAACAGUCUUUCCAUUAUCAUAUAAACAUUUAAAAAAAAAAUCUUAUUUAACACUAUUUCUCUAAAAUUAUAUUUUUGGAAAUUGAGUAUAAAGGAAUGUGAAAUUGUAUUGUUGCAUGUGAUGUACUAACAUUUUGCCUUGACAGAAAAAAUGUUAGAUAUAAAAUGUGCAUUUCAUAGCACUUCAUUAUUGGAAGCAUUACUUUUAUGUAGAUAAAACGCAUGCCAAUAAGGCACAAUAAAGUAUUAACUGAAAAAAAUAAGCCAUUUUUAGAUAUAUCGCUCAUAAUAACAUAUAUAAAAUACAUAGUAUUUUUUAAAUUAAAAUAAACUACACUAAUGUAUUCAUGGCAUAUGACAUUCCCAAACAAUAUGUUUGUUAAAUCUUGAUAUGUUUUCUAAGACAUAAAGAUCCUAUUCUAUUAUGUAUGUGGAUCCAAUUAUACAGCUGUCUAAUCAUAACAAAAAAGCAUAAAGCGCAAAGUACUACCACAGUACACAAGAAACUUACUUCAAAGGGGAGCAAAUCCAAUAGUUCUAUCCCUUAGGUAACAGAAUAGAUGGCACAUAGGGCUUUUUUGAAAUAUAUAAACACACUCUUCUUAUUGAAGUAUUGAAUUAUGAAUGUUUACACUGUUGGUACAUUAAAGCAUGUAACGUGCUUGAUACAAUCUGUGAGAUUGGUUCCAUAUUCAAUAUUUUUAAAGGAGCCAGAUGCUGCAACGACAUGUAAUAAGCUUGUUUCAUGAACAUGUUUAAGACUUUUUUUUUUUCAUUUAAAAAAGGGUGUCUGGGUUAAAGGAUAGUUGCGUUAAGAACCAACUUGCAAAAUUGUGGCCAAAAAAAGCAAAGUGAGAGAAAUUUAAAACAUAGAUUUUUUUUUUUGGGCGGUGGAAGGGAUGCUAUUAUGGCUUACAUUGUCCACAUUAAUUCUCAGUUCACUAUAAUUCACACUAGUGAAAGGACACCAUUGGUACCAUCAGAUACCCACCAAUAUCAAUCGGAAACAUUUACCAUUUACGUACCAAUCCCAAGUAUACAUUACUUUUCUGUUUACUUUUGUAUUGCAAAAAAAAAAAUAGAAAAAUGCGUACCAUCUCCUAUGCUCCAGUACUGCUCUUCUUCCAGUGGAGAAACACAUUUUUCUACUGUCUCAAAUGAGCCCUCAUGCUCCUACACUCCUUUCUUGUUGCAUAGAAA